AUGUAUGGCACCCUCACCCUGUUUGGGUAUGCAUGUUGUGUGCACCACUUCCAGGUGGAGUUGGAGGAUGACGAGACGUCCAAACCCCAAAGCUCCAUCGAUGAUGAAUAUGCACAAGCUGGCGUCAGGGACCCGAAAGUGUGCGUUACCACAAGUCGAGAUCCAUCAAGCAGACUAAAGCAGUUCGCGAAAGAGCUCAAGUUAGUCGUCCCCAACGCACAACGAAUCAACAGAGGAAACCACAAGGUCGGUGAACUGGUUGGUGCGUGCCGAUCGAGCGAGUUUACGGACAUGAUCGUGGUGCAAGAGACGCGCGGGGAACCUGACGGGCUCAUCGUGUGCCAUCUGCCUCUCGGACCAACGGCUUUUUUCACGCUUUCAAACUGCGUCCUGCGGCAUGACAUUGCAGACCGCGGCACCGUUAGCGAAGUCUACCCACAUCUCAUCUUCGACAAGUUCUCGACACCUGUCGGGCAAAGAGUCGCAGACGUUCUGAAAUAUUUAUUUCCAGUUCCAAAGGCGAGAUAUCUAAAGGCUUCCUUUGCAGGAUUCUUUUCCAGGCCUUGAAAUCUACUUGGUUCUGCCAGAUCCGUCGUUGAAUCUUCCUUGACAUUUUUGCACUACAUCGUCACAGCUGGGUUGUGAGUCUGCGUCGUACUGUCAAUUUCGCUCUGUUGGCAGGAGAAAGCUUCCUAGUAUUAACCGGGGCCAAGGAUUAGACAAUUUGCAGUCCGUCGUUCGUUGUAGGGAUACAACUGUGACGUUUCUCGGGAUUGCGUAAAACGACGAAAUCUGAAGUGCAUUUUCAGACGGAUAACAAAAGUAGUUGUUUGUCCCGCGCGCAGGCCGACUCGCGUCGCGUGAUGACUUUCUCGAACGAGGAGGACGUUUUGUAUUUUCGUCAUCACAUGUACGAGAAACGAGGUGGCAAGGAAGUGGUGCUGCAUGAAGUGGGACCUCGCUUCGAAAUGCAACUCUACCAACUCCGACUCGGCACGCUUGAUCAGGUUGAAGCCGAGAACGAGUGGGUGAUGAGGCCCUACAUGAACUCGAGCAAGAAGCGGCGGUUCUUGUGAUUAGUGUCUACUCGGGUGAUAGGCAAGCCAAGUGCCGCGUGGGCUCAUACUUUCGCAUCGCCUUUCGAAUCUCCACCGGUGAAACGCGAUCAUGAUGGAGACGCUGCCAAAAGUCCAGCCUUUCUGGAAUUUGUCUUGACACUGUGUUGCCCGCUCUAAACUUGAGCGCGAUAAUUUCUGUCUUUGGGUUGACGGAUGCCUAUUGUGUGUGCACAUCGCGCGAGGAGCAUUCCUGUACGAAACGAAAUCUGUGUAUGGUGGAUUUGGUUUGGUUCCGUCGUCUUUUGCUUCUUUUGUUUUCUCGACACCUCGGUUAGGUGUCUGAGCGGAAAACCAAUAAAAUGUUCCGCAAGGUUGAAUCGAAUGAAAGUUUGGACAACGUUCGAAUUCCCGUCAUGUCGCAACAUUGUUGUCGGCACGUCUUGUCCAGCUUCGUGCCCUUGGUAUGCUGUGCACAGCCUUCACACGCACCAACCUGUCCUUUCAGCUCUGUAGGCGAGGGCGCCUGACGCCCGAGCCUGCAGAAACCUAAAUUUGUAACUUGUUUGAAUUAGUUCGUUGAGGUUCGCUGAGCCGUUCGAGAUUCCAUUGUUGAUUGGUUCCAAGUCUAGUAGUGCUGCUGGAUAACCACGGCUGACCCGGUCGACAGGAAUGAAGAGAUGGUAAAGUCAUU